CAAAACGUGUGCCUGUGCCGUGCCGCUGUUUGCGCCUUGCCUUGCCGCUUGUGGUCUUUUUUGCACAGUCAAAGCAACACCUUCGUCAAUCGCUAUGCCUUUGGUUUUGCUGACAGGCCUGCCAUGCUCUGGUAAAACCACCAGAGCCAAGCAGCUGAAGGGAUAUCUUGGGGAGGCAAAUCAACAGGUAGAAAUUGUCAGCGAAAACGAAAUCAUAAAUCGCAAACCCGCCGAUUUCAGUGAUGUAUUUUUAGUUCAGAACAAGGAGAAACUUCUUCGUGGGGAGAUUAAGUCUGAAGUUCAAAGACUGCUAGGCAAAAACACAUUUGUUAUUGUUGACGCAGGGAAUUACCUAAAAAGCUUCAGAUACGAGCUAUAUUGCUUAUCAAAGACUGCUAGAGAAACGUUUUGCGUGAUCCAUUGUGAAGUGUCCGAGGCUGAUGCAUGGCAGUGGAAUGAAGCUAAUCCAGUGGAUCGGAAAAUAUAUUCGAAAAAGGAAUUUGACGAGCUUCUGCUGAGGUAUGAGUGCCCAGACAACAAGAAUCGUUGGGAUGCUCCACUUUACACACUUCAUUCUGUCGAAGAUUUAGAUUUUGAGGCCAUUGUAAAUCCGCUUUUACGGAAGAGCCCAGCAAAAGCCAACCAGUCUACUGUUACAAUGCAUAGCUUACCAAGUAAUGUGAUUUGUAAUAUUGAUCAAAUUACAAAAGAGGCAAUUCAGAAGGUAAUAAAAAGUGAAACGCACUCGCACAUUUUUUCGUCAUCUGUUGUGCCUCAAGCAAAAUUGCUGAAAAUACAAACGCAGUUUGUAACAUUCAUCAAGAAGAAUCCACCAAAGUUUUCCAGCUCACAAGAAGCCGCACACGAAAUUGAAAAAAUGUUUUCUAAAUUCCUUGAGGAGCAUCUAAAACUGUAAAUUUCAUCAUUAAAAAUUAUGUUACUCUAACAUAAA